AUGGCUGAGUCUCUGUUGUGGCGAAGGCGGGGCGUGUCCCUGCUUGCCUCCCUUGCCAGAUGCCCCCGCUCUCGCAGGAUAGCUUCUGUUGCUCACCCUCGACAGCAGAGCACGAGUACAGCUGCGUCUGCUUCACAUAACGAUGGAAUCAACUCUUCUUCUUCAUGCCCCCCCUUCGAUACCCCCUCGUCCAAGAAAUCAUCACCGAGAUUCUCCGCCUUGAGAUCCGCGAAGCCAUUCUCGGAAUUCUUGACGGACAACUUCAAUCGCCAGCAUGAUUACCUACGGAUCAGCGUUACCGAACGCUGCAAUCUUCGAUGUUUAUACUGCAUGCCAGAGGAGGGCAUAGAGCUUUCACCCUCGGCCCGGCUUCUGACGUCACCGGAGAUUGUGUACCUAUCAUCACUCUUUGUCUCCCAGGGUGUUACCAAGAUCCGGCUGACUGGCGGGGAACCGACCGUCCGAAAAGAUAUAGUCCCCUUGAUGCAGUCGAUUGGGGACUUGCGCCGUGAUGGACUACGGGAGCUGUGCUUGACAACAAAUGGAAUUUCGUUGCAUCGGAAACUCGACCCCAUGAUAGAGGCUGGGUUGACAGGAAUAAACCUCAGUCUGGAUACUUUGGACCCAUUCCAAUUUCAAAUCAUGACUAGGAGGAAGGGGUUUGAUGCCGUGAUGAAGAGCAUCGAUCGGGUCUUGGAGAUGAACAAGAAGGGAGCGGGGAUCAAACUGAAGAUCAACUGCGUCGUGAUGCGCGGAGUCAAUGAUCGGGAGAUCCUCCCCUUCGUUGAGAUGGGGCGUGAAAGCCCUAUCGAAGUGCGCUUUAUCGAGUACAUGCCAUUUGAUGGCAACAAGUGGAAUCAAGGAAAGAUGUUUUCCUACCAGGAGAUGCUGGCGGUCAUCCGCGAAAAGUACCCAACACUGGAAAAGGUGGUGGACCAUAAGAAUGACACCAGCAAAACAUACCAAGUUCCUGGUUUUGAGGGCCGGGUCGGGUUUAUCACUAGCAUGACCCAUAAUUUCUGCGGAACCUGCAACCGACUACGCAUCACCAGUGAUGGGAACUUGAAGGUGUGUUUGUUUGGAAAUGCAGAGGUGUCGUUGCGGGAUAUCAUUCGGAAGGUGAAUAAUGACGAACCCAUCGACGAGACCGCAAUGAAGCAGUUACAACUGCUCGAAUCAGCAAAGGCAGCUGCUCGCAUCAGCGAUGAGGGUGGCUCUAUUAAUCCCAGAGAGCAAGAGCUCUUGGACAUCAUCGGCAUGGCAGUGAAACGCAAGAAGGAGAAACAUGCUGGUAUGGGAGAGUUGAAGAAUAUGAAGAACCGGCCGAUGAUUCUUAUUGGAGCUAUACUAGAUAAUGAAACGGUCAAUACUUCGAAUUCAAGACAAACUCAUAGUGAUAUGCCAGCUCUGUCUUCUCAAAGGAAUCCUUGGUCCAGGAUUCCAUUCAAUAUGCUCCCAAUGGGUGCUUCUUUAGGAAAAAUGCAAGCCCGGUUUUAUCACCGUGGGCGUAGUACUGGAUCUGAAGCCAGAUCUUCAGACCAUACCAAGAAGGCAGAGAAAGCGACAACUUCUCUCCCUACAGCCUCUGAUCCCGACCUUCCCCAUCUGACCCCAUCUCAGACUGUCCACAUGACGCAAAUCACCGAGAAGCCUGUCACCCCUCGACUUGCCACCUCCAGCUGCUAUGUAUCCUUCUCCAACGCCCGUCCGUGGGAACUACUCCGAGAGGGUCGCGGCACACACAAAGGCGACGUAUUCAGUGUCGCGCGGAUAGCCGGAAUCAUGGCCGCUAAGAAGACACCGGAUAUGAUUCCCUUGUGUCAUCCGGGAAUUGGAAUCACAGGUGUUGAGGUAGACGUGAAGCUGGUUGAUCCAUCAGAGACCGAGAAACAUGGCUCGAUGCGCAUCCUCGCGACAGUGAGCUGUCUCGGCCGCACAGGGGUAGAGAUGGAAGCGAUGACAGCGACAAUGGGAGCUGCGUUGACCGUCUACGACAUGCUCAAAGCAGUGGACAAGGGAAUGGUGAUCGGAGGAGUGCAGCUUGAAGAGAAAAAGGGAGGGAAGAGUGGGCACUGGAAGCGUGAGAAUGAGGUUGGAGAUGACCGUAGCUAG